UGAAGGGCGUUUGGUUCCCUCUUCACGUUUCUCCUCCCCUUUCUGUUGGUAGCUUUCAGUCUCAGAGACUCUCAUAGACCUGUUUCUCACGUCCUGUCCGGUUAUUCGCCCUCGUUUUUCCAACUCUACUGGGCUUGGUUCUCUUUUUCUCUUCCAUUCUUUGGCCCUGUCGCCCCUCGUGGAAGAGGAGGGAGGUACUUGCUUCUUGAAACAAUUCAUCCACCUCCUCCAGUGUUCUCCUCUUAUCUGGUCUCUGUCCCCUCUGUGCCCUCCUCCCUUUCUCCUUAACUGCUGCUGGUGCUGCUCACGUCGACAGCUCUCCCUAUAGUCCUGCCUACUUGUCUCCUCCCCCGGAGUCCGGCUGGCGGAGGUCAGUGUCUAGGGCAGACAGGGUCUCCUGUCCACUCUCUGACGUGUCUCUGGAGGGAGCUUGGGUUGGGGCCGGGCUUUGAACAGUGCCUCCUCCAUAAUGUAGGGCUGGGAGGGGUGGGGGCAGGUGCGGUAGGUGGGUCAGAGUCCAGUCUUGGCCCUGUUGACACUGGCAGCCGAGCCUCCCAGUCCAGCCAGUGCAGGACCAAUGGUAACGGUGGCUGACUGGGAUGUGCGUGUCCGGGGAGGGAGGAUGGCUGGCUCUCCACAGGAGUGGCUGCCAGAUGCAGCGUUCUGGCCCCAGAUUUCUGACCCUCCGCGGUCUGUGUCAUCCUCCGUGCACAGUCGCUGGGCUCCAGGAUUCCCAUUCAGCUUAUCCCGGCAGAGACAAGACGAUGCCCUGGGGCAAUUUCCCUGCAGAGAAGGGACAGUUGUUUCGACUGCCAUCUGCACUGAACAGGACAAGUUCUGAUUCUGCCCUUCACACCAGUGUGAUGAACCCCAGCCCCCAGGACACUUAUCCAGGCCCUGCCCCUCCCAGCAUCCUGCCCAGCCGCCGUGGAGGUUUUCUGGAUGGUGAAGUGGACUCCAAAGUCCCUGCUGUUGAGGAGAACUUGCUAGAUGACAAGCAUUUGCUGAAGCCAUGGGAUGCUAAGAAGCUGUCCUCAUCCUCCUCCCGACCUCGGUCCUGUGAAGUCCCUGGAAUUAACAUCUUCCCAUCUCCUGACCAGCCUGCCAGUGUGCCCGUCCUCCCACCUGCCUUGAACACAGGCGGCUCCCUACCUGACCUCACCAACCUGCACUUUCCCCCGCCACUGCCCACUCCCCUGGACCCUGAGGAGACAGCCUACCCCAGCCUGAGUGGGGGCAACAGUACCUCCAAUUUGACCCACACCAUGACCCACCUCGGCAUCAGCGGGGGCCUGGGCCUGGGCCCGGGCUCGGGCUAUGAUGCGCCAGGACUUCACUCCCCUCUCAGCCACCCAUCCCUGCAGUCCUCCCUGAGCAACCCCAACCUCCAGGCCUCCCUGAGCAGCCCCCAGCCCCCGCUCCAGGGCUCCCACAGCCACCCCUCCCUGCCUGCGUCCUCCCUGGCCCGCCACGCACUGCCUACCGCCUCCCUGGGCCACCCCUCGCUCAGUGCCCCGGCCCUCUCCUCUGCCACUUCUUCCUCCUCCGCUUCAUCUCCCGUGCUGGGCGCCCCCCCUUACCCAGCUUCUACCCCCGGAACCUCCCCCCGCCACCGCCGUGUGCCCCUCAGCCCCCUGAGUUUGCCCGUGGGCCCAGCUGACGCCAGAAGGUCCCAACAGCAGCUGCCCAAACAGUUUUCGCCAACAAUGUCACCCACCUUGUCCUCCAUCACUCAGGGUGUCCCCCUGGAUACCAGCAAACUGUCCACUGACCAGCGGCUGCCUCCGUACCCAUAUAGCCCCCCAGGUUUGGUUCUGCCCAGCCAGCCGCCCACCCCAAAGCCUCUACAGCAGCCAGGGCUGUCCUCUCAGGCCUGUUCCAUGCAGCUGUCAGGUGGGCAGCCCCCGGGCCGGCCACCGCACUACGGGACACUGUACCCACCCAGCUCCAGUGGGCACGGGCAGCAGUCUUACCACCGGCCCAUGAGUGACUUCGGCCUGAGCAACCUGGAGCAGUUCAGCAUGGAGAGCCCAUCAACCAGCCUGGCGCUGGAUCCCCCUGGCUUUUCUGAAGGGCCUGGAUUUUUAGGGGGUGAGGGGCCAGUGAGUAGCCUCCAGGACCCCCAUGCCCUCAACCACCAGAACGUGACCCACUGUUCCCGCCAUGCUCCAGGGCCCAACAUCAUUCUCCCAGGAGAGUCCUCCCCAGGUUUCUCUAAGGAGAUUGCGGCGGCCCUGGCCGGAGUUCCUGGCUUUGAGGUGUCGGCAGCUGGGCUGGGGCUGGGGCUCGGGCUGGAGGAGGACCUGCGCAUGGAGCCACUGGGCCUGGAAGGGCUCCACAUGCUGAGCGAUCCCUGUGCCCUGCUGCCCGAUCCUGCUGUGGAGGACUCAUUCCGCAGUGACCGGCUGCAGUGAGGGGAGGGGCCUCAUCGGCACCCCUGUUCGCGGCCCUGCCCCAUCACUGUUCCUUUCCUCCCUUCCCCCUGGCCAGUAGAGACUCCACUCUGCCCCCAGAUCCUCUUUCUAACAUGAACGAGGGAUCCCAGGAAUGAGAAAAAGCAAAGGGUUUGUCCAGGUGGCCCCUGAAUUCUGCACAAGGCGUGGGCCUGGGGGAGCUCAAGGGAGGACCUAAAGCACUUGUAACUUUGAACCGUCUGUCUGGAGGUCAGAGCCUGUUGGAAGGCAGGGGUGGAGGGGAGCCCCGGAGGCAGGACUUGCCCGGAUGCCUGGGGGUGGGCAGUGCCAACCCCUCCUCACCACUCUUCCCCUUGCAAUGGAGGAGAGCGCCAGAGUGGAUAUUAUUUUUUAUUAAAUAUAUUAUAUGUUAAUAAAAAAAUCGUAUCAAA